CGCUACCGUAUGGUGUCGUUUUUGUCUACCGGUACUUUAAAACAAAUGACGUCGGUACGCACGUGGAGGCAAUAUUGGACGAACAAGAACUAAUCUAAUUUUAGUCACGAACGAGUGCGCUACUUUUUGGUUGCCCGGAGCCUGUACGGUACGGUAGCAGUCGCCAGGGGUCAUGACCCCUGGCAGUCGCCGUGUGUCAGAAUCAGAAAAUGGAUCUACGCAUCGUACCGUACUCGUACAAAUACCCUGUAUGGGUACGAGUACUCGUACUCGUACGUACCCGUUACGUUAUGCUGUGUGGGAAGGGUGGAGAGGGUCGUACGGAUUCCGGGAUGUACUUACGUACGUAAAGGUAUGUUGUGAGAUCACAUUUCCGAUAUCCGUACCGUUGUGAGGCAGUAACUGGUACUACUAAACUUAUUCACCACGUUUAUCRAACUGAAAACGAACAGAACAAUUCCGAUCACCUCCCAAUCAUUUCUUCAAAAUACGAACAAAAUCAAUCCCCCGUUGUCAACAAACGAAAAGUGUAUCGGAAAUUCUCGACUAACAUCAACUCGCGAAUGAAUACACAAAUCGGAUCAGAAAUUUUAAGACGAUACCAAAAGAUUGCGCUUCUACCGAAUCAUAAAACAAGGAAAAACACAAUCCUAACUAAAUGCUGGUUAGCAAAAUUGUUCAAAGYAUCAAAAUGGCAAAACCAAUCGUUCUCGGAAUCGCCGGCGGUACCGGAGCUGGGAAGGUAAUCAUCAACUGUGGGUUGCGUACCGUAAAUGGGAUCUAAUUUUGUGAUAUUGAUGUGAAGUCGAUAUUAUUCACCAAAUACAUCUGUCCCCCAUUUGUUUCUGUGCUCACUUUGACAGCAUGCGAUCAUAUUCUUUGCAAUCCUUAUGUACAACACAGACAACGUUGUCGAAGGCCGUCUACAAUGCUCUGGGGGGCGAGGCCAAUUGUGUGUACCUGACACACGACCAUUACUACAGAGACCAAUCACAUAAAACGCUAGAGGAGCGAUCCAAAACAAAUUUUGAUCACCCAGAUAGCCUCGAAACGGAACUGCUCGUAAAACACCUACGAGAACUAAAGGAGGGAGGAAUUGCUGUUCUUCCAACCUAUGAUUUCAAGACUCACUCCCGCACACCCGUCACUACCUUAGUAAGUAUCGACGUUUGAUGCGAAGACGGAUAGCCGCGUUGUGUGGUUGAUUGACCGAGUCUGGGCACAAGAGUUAACGAGUGUUGAUGUUUGGCGCUACCAAUGCCCUACCCCUUUUGGCUUACCCAGCGUCCUAUUCGCCAACGAAAACAGGUCCAUCCGAAAAAGAUUAUAAUUGUCGAAGGAAUCUUGAUUUUUACCAAUCCCGAGCUUUGCAGUGAACUCGACAUGAAAGUGUUUGUGGUAGGUUUCCAUUUGAUCGUGUGUUUCCGUAGCAUUGUACCGGAUUGUUGCGUUGUUUUGUGGUGUGGUGACAUAUAAUGCAAACCGAUGGCUCCAUACUAAUAUUUUUCCUUUGCAUCAACUCCGACGCUGCAUCAGGAUGCGGAUAGCGACACAAGGGUGCUCAGACGAAUACGGAGAGAUACAGUUGAACGUGGUAGAACUACCGAAUCGUAAGUAAAGAGUGAUGAUUUAACAAGGGGGUUGUUGUACAGCAGGGCUGGGUCUUCUUUGAUGGUACAGGGCGCAUGAGUUCUUUGUUCUCACUGUGAAUGCUCCGUGGUUUGCGUUUUUUUGUGAUCGGGCUCGAAAAGAAUCAUCACACAAUACGAAGCACACGUCAAACCUAUGCACACAGAAUGGGUAGAGCCAUCUAAGCUCAAGGCUGAUGUCAUUAUAAACUCGGAGAGGGGAACAAGCCAAAAAAUUGCCAUCGACAUGCUUAGUAAUCAUCUGCGAGUUGCAGCCGACCUCGAAGCACCUUCGUCGUCAUAAAUCGCAAUUUUGGCAUUGUGGGGUAGUCCCAGUGCCUAUUGCAAAAAUACCAACGGAAGAAUAGUCCGGGAGCUAAAAUCUGCUGCAUUAUCAUAACCGCAAAAAAAUAAAGCUUACACAGCGUAUUAUAAUUUAGAAGUAUGUGAUGGAUUCGAGCAGCCAAGGUUUCAACAAUAAUAGACAAGAAUAAUUUUAGUUGAUAUUCAUACAUACGGUAGGUGACAUAUUUAACCUUCAGCUGGAGGGACAGAGAGUUCUUAACUUCCUAGACAUAUGUCCCUCCUCCUGUUUUCUGCAUUUCUGUGUGCACGCCAACUUGAAAUUUGACAGUAAUGAAAAAUCAUUCUUAAAACCCAGGUCACUUUCUGCGUUACAGAAAUGCCAAUUUGAAACAAGAAAUCUGGAUGUGUAGACAUUUUCAAUCCCCUUUCAAAAACCUCCGGUCAUUGCGAAUCUCUCGAAAGUCGUUUUUCUCCUCAUAGACCUUUGUCGACGUAAUCCAAUCUCUUUCCCACGACCUUAUUUGCUUUCUUUCGUCUGAAAUAUCGCACCUUUGACAUGAUCAAGUCAAAUGUCCACUUCAAAUUCAAAAUACAGAAGAUGGACUGUAAAAUUGGCGGAAUCAAACCAACAUUGAUAUACGUUCCCACUCGUUUGGACUCUUUAUGGUGCUCUUUGACAAGGUAUACGAGCAUCAUGGGAUACAAGAAUACUCGAAUCGAAAACCAUGUCACAUAGAAACAAAUACUGAUAAUUUUCAGCCUGAUGGAAACAAAACUUAGAUCAAUAAUCCAUGGCGGAAAGCCCUGCUUGUUGAAGACUCUUCUUGCGAUCAAGAACCACGUGUUGAUUUCAACACUCAUACAGACACCCAUGCACCAACGAUACUUUGGCCGGUAAAAAGGAAGAAGUAGAUACAGCAUCGUGACAAUGUGAUGCUGGAUGAUUACCAUCGGCGACUUCACGCAUUUUGGAACAAUCAAAACCCAAAAGAAAUCAGUCACGAAGUAGGUCACGGUGGCCCAAAAGAACAUAUCAAACCAUUCACCGGUCCAGGCAUCUGCUAGGUGGUAUUUCUUUCCUAGGGUAAACAACCGGUCCCAAUUCCAGUUCAUCACGUUCAGCACGAUGAUUGGAAUCAACACAAUCAAGUUGA